GUACUACAUCUCUGAGGUACAUAUUGUACUUUUUACUGUACUACAUCUCAGAGGUACAUAUUGUACUUUUGACCGUACUAUUACUGGACUAUCUGUACUGUACAUCCUGUUUGUCUUUAGUCCAAUGGGAGACAGUGAUGACGAGUUCGACAGGAGGAGGCGGGACAAGUUCAGGAGAGAGAGGAGUGACAUGGAGCGGUCGAGAGAGAGAGAGGAGAGGAGGAGAGACGACUGGCCUGACAGGGACUGGGACCGCGGCAGAGAGAGGAGGCGGGACUACGAUCGCGGUCGCAGAGAGAGGUUUUCUCCCCCCCGACACAUCAGCCCUCAGCACAAACGCAUGAGGAGAGACUGGGAGGACCACCGGGAGCCGUACCGUUACGACAUGCCUAUGCCGUACGGAGGAGGAGGCGGGGCUCCGUUUCCUGGGGCGGGGCCUCAGGGCUGGCACCCUGACCUCCCUCACCUUCACCCGCACCACGGGGGUCACCCGCUGCAGGGCAGGUUGGGCAUGGUGGAUCCAGACCUCCCUCCUCCUGGUCCCCCCACCAUGAGGACCUUUAAGGACUUCCUGUUAAACAUGGAGGACAGCGUGGAUGAGACGGAGUCGGUGAAACGCUACAAUCAGUACAAGCUGGACUUCAGGAGGCAGCAGCUGCAGGACUUCUUCCUCCAGCACAAGGACCAGGAGUGGUUCCGGUCCAAGUACCACCCGGAUGACAUCACGGCCAGGAGGGCGGAGUCUCUGGCCGCCCUAAAGACGCGUCUGGGCGUCUUCCUCUUCCUGAUGGACAACAGCUGGCUGGAGGAGCUGUCGCUGGACAUGGAGCACGCCCCCCCCAUCAUCAAGCUGCUGGACGCAGCGGUGAUAAAGAUGGAGGGAGGCACAGACUUAGACCUGCAGGUCCUGGAGGUGCCGACUGCUGCAGCUGGUGGGGAGACGAGCAGCAGCAGUGGAGGAGGAGGAGGAGGAGGAGGUGCACCAGGAGGAGGACCACCAGGAAGUGGAGGAGAGAAGAGUCAAGGAGAUCCCACCGGAGGAAACGUGAGCCGUCAGACCGACUCGGAGAAAACGGGGAGUCGGAAAGAGGAGACAACCGGAGAGACGAAAGUCUCUGAUAAGGUGAGAAAGAUCAAUAACAUCCUGAACCCUUCUUCUACUCUCUGUGACGAACUCUUCUUCUACUCUCUGUGA